GGUCGAGCUUACCAGCGUACCGGGUGGCCAGAAUGCGAUGGCUCAUCUCAAAAAGCGCAAGCUGGAAGCAGAGUCGGCCGCCUCAAAACCGAAGCAGCAACAGCAACAGCUCGUCGUGCUAAGCGCUAAAAAAGCUCAAAUCGGUGGUGUGCAAUCAAUUGAUAUGGAGACACCGGAGGCUGUGGCCAAGCGACGUAGAAAAAGUGUACGCGACGAUCAGAAAUCAGUAAUCGAUGGUAGUAACGACGCUAAUAAGAAUAUAUCGUUGCCGCAGAAGAAGAGGGUGUUCGCGUCAGCUAAUUCGGGCAGUCCGGCUAGAAAAACUGGAAAGAAUAAUUGCGAGGAACCGGAAGACGAUGAAACUCUGAUAAGGGAGACAGAGGCUGCAUUAAAGAGCUUAUCGGGUAGUUGGGUCCCUGGUCCACGGGGCUCGUUCUAUCAACGAGGUAAUUCGGACGAAGACAGAUACGAGUCAAACUUUGAGAACUUAUUCGAAGAGAAGAAGGACGGCUCAAAAAUGUCACCUUCGUCCAUGUCGCAAUCGUCAACGACGAGUAACGAGACUGGAUGCUCCCUAAAAGAUGUAAUUACGUUGCGCGGUCAACAAGAUCGGACCACAAGAUAUCAACAACAAAACAAAUUAAUGGACUCGUAUAAGCAGCACAACGGAGGUAAAUCGAAGAAGGAAGACGAAAAUGGUAUAUUACAGUGUCAAGAUAGUUUUAGCCAAAAUGAUGCAUCGAAAAGAUUAGCGAUUAAUAGAUCAGUUGCUUAUAAAAACAGGUCCGGUGAUCAUCAAAAUCGACAAACAGAUAAGUAUUCGCGAUAUGAGCCACCCGACUUUAACGAGCUCGUCGAUGAGUCGUCGAACGAGCUCGAGAUCGAUAUGUCAGACCCGACGGUUGAUCGACAUGAGCACGACCAAACACAAAACGAUGAUUCCGACAAGGAUAGAAUAUGCAAAAGCGAAUCGUCCUCGAGCGCCAAUAAGCACCAGCAGCAAGCGCAGAACGUCUACAGUGGCUAUCAGAGGUCGUACUCUGACGGAUUAAAAAUCAAUUCAUCCUCGACAUCACCCGUAGGCACAUCGUUUUCAAUAACAUCGGCCUUUCGACCACCUAAUACAGAUCACUCGAAGGCUAAUUGCCGGAGCGUAUCAGCGUCCGUCGUUGGAACUCCGACGUCGAUUCCACCUAUGGGGCCAUAUCCAGCCGCGGCCACUUUCGUUGGUUACCCAUCGCCCGGCCCAACAAUGCCAAUACCACUGCCUGUAACGGGCAUAUCACCGACCGUCGAUGAAAAGCAUACCACGACCGUAUCUCUUCUGCAGUUGAAGUCUCCUAAAGAAGAAGCGAUACCGACGCUACAACGUAGCGACCCAUCUACGAACGUAAUGACUGGCGCCGUAAAGAAUACCUUGACUCAGAGUCUUGCUCCGAUCGGCAGUCCCGACACCAACUCCAAGCAAUACACGAUUCUCCAACCCGCUGGCGUUGGUUCACGGGCCGCAAGCGCCAUUCAAGACAUCGCCCGGGAGGGUGUCGUUAGCGUUGCAGCGGUGAGCAGCACGGAAAAUUCUGGUACGAGACCAGCCAAUAACAAUUGCAUUACCAAUGGAAAUGGCACUUCCAAGCAGACGAGCGCAGUAAAUGGGAAUGCCGGUAACGGUGCUAAUGCCGGCUUGCCGACUAGUGUCAGCAGUAAUGGUAACGUUCAAAGUAAUAGUAUUGUAAUAACAACGAUGACUGCAACGGCAACCACCACGAGUCCAUCUACGAUCAGUGAUGUCUCCGUGCCGUCGGUAACAAAUCAUCAGGAAAAUGGUAUUAAAAUGACUGAUCGAACAAGUUCAUUCGAUGGUACCAGACCAGGCAUGUCCAUGUCGCCCUCCAGUCUAGGCAGGGAGGGCAACAAGUGCCCGACCCCCGGCUGCUCGGGCCAGGGUCACGUGACCGGACUCUACUCGCACCAUCGCAGUUUAUCUGGCUGUCCUCGGAAAGAUAAAUUAACACCUGAAAUUCUGGCGAUGCAUGAGACUAUUUUGAAAUGUCCUACGCCUGGUUGCAACGGCCGAGGUCAUGUCAGCACCAAUCGGAACACUCAUAGAAGCUUAUCUGGAUGUCCUAUUGCCGCGGCCAAUAAACAAGCCGCUCGAGAGGCCCGGCACAAGACUCAAGUGUCAGGUAUACCACCAGAGUACAUAAGUACGAAUCUCCUUCCACCACCAUUAGACGGUAAACUCUACCCACAAUACGGUUCAUCCGCGCCACAGGACUCCAAGCCAGUGAUAUCAUCGCCUACAUACGACUAUUACGCCGUAACUAAAGCUGCAGGUAUUAACGUGAAGCCACCGAAAACCCCCGAGGACAACAAUCAGUCGCGCAACAUCCCAAACAAAGUCAUCGUUCCAAAAACGGAAAACGGUUCUACAUCUGCAAGCUGCUGCAGCAACGGUCUUUCAAACCGACAAAAUCCCUCGCAAGAGCUCCUAGUCCCGAAAACCGAAGACUCGACAUCCUGUAGAGUGGUUCAGACAUCACCGCCGCCACCGCCACCCCCACCAAACGUCCGUCAAGCAUCAGCCUACGACUCUUAUUUAAAUCAAGAUUCAAAUUCCUCGUCCAUGUCCUCGAUGGAAGCCAUGGGUGCUACGAGAAACGGGCCUCUAGGUGCCACGAUACACCAUCCGAACCAACAGCAGCAGCAGCAGCAGCAGCAGCAGCAACAACAACAACAACAUCCGACAGCACAUCACGUGCUGCCGAUGCAGCCGGCCGUCGCAUAUCCUAUGCCAAUGGUAGAGGAUACGAGGAUGAGUCAUCAAAUGACCCAGCGAUCCCCGUAUGAGUCGUCCAUGAUGGCGGCCGCCGCUGCUGCCGCAGCCGCAGCCGCCAACACCAACAACGACGACAUGUACUCACACCAAAGAACCUCCGAGCACGCGCGCGCCGGUUACAUGCAACAUCCAGGCACGGCGAACAUCGCCAGACCCAUCGUCACUUACUCCAAUGAAAUUGCCGCAGCGAGGGGUUACGAGAAUGCGGUGUCAAGUGCGGCAAAUCAUCGACCCUAUGACCCUGGCACCGCGUCCACCUACGAUAGGUACGAUACUCAGCCCUGUACUCCACUGCAACAGCAGCAGCAACAGCAACAACAACUGCACUCCAGGGCUAACAUGUAUUAUCUCGGUCAGACAGGCAUGACGCAAGAAGAACAGGAAAGGGUCUAUCAUCAGGAAGCUGCCGCCGCUGCUCAACAGCAUCAGAUGGCCAUGGCCGCUGCAACCGUUGCUGGAAUGAUGAAAACCGAAGAUGAUACAGAUCUCUUUUACGUAGACGAUAAUGAAGUUAUUAGCUGUGAAAAAUUAAAGCAAGUCUCGCUUAAAGUGAAAUGCGUGACAGUUGCUCAAGUACAGCAGAUGCAAAAAUCCAGCGGUCCUCCGACAUCACCCGGCGGAUCAGUAAUGGAUUUAUCAACAUCCAGUGUCACGUCGACUAGUCCUCAGGCGCCGCCCUAUGGCUCGAAUAGUCUCAGUCCGCAAUACGGCGGCGGACAAACUGUUGGCGGUAGCCCCCAAGCUGCAGCCAGUCCACACCUAACGGCAAGCCCCCAAGUACCCAGUCCCCAAGGCCAAACCCUCGACCUCAGCGUCAACAGACUGCACAGUGGGGCGCCGAGCCCACAGUACUCAACGACCCACGGAGAUGGCGUGCCGGUACCGGUGGGCCCUGGCUUCACCGCACCCCGGCCGAUCGAGGAACAGACCGAGCCCGUCGACUUCUCCACGGCAAACGAGCCGGUGAACUUCAGCGGGGGCAUCAGGCCCGUGCCUGGCUUCCCACCCCCGGGUGUUCACGCCGCAGCCUACAGCCGUGAGAGCACUCCGGACAGCGGGGGUUCUCAUUACAUCGACGCCUAUAGAGAUCCGACUGGCUAUGGACCGAUGAGUCCACAUCCAGGAUACGGGAUGACUGGGGUCCAGGCAGAGUAUCCCGGGAACACGUAUACUCCGUAUCCGACGCCGGGCUAUCAAUGCGGCGGCAGCUACCCCGGCGGUCCUGUCACCUCCGGCUACCAAAUUCCAGCCGGUUACACGCCCACGCCCUGCUACAGCAUGCCACCGCCCCAGCACACGAUCGGCCCACUCGAUAAGCCCGCGGGCAAGGACGAAAGUCUGUCCGGAUGCCCGCGAGCCGAUCGUUCGCAGAUUCAGGCUCACUCGCAGGAGCUCAAGUGCCCGACGCCAGGAUGCGACGGGUCCGGCCACGUCACUGGGAACUACUCGUCUCACAGGAGCCUCUCGGGUUGCCCGAGGGCCAACAAGCCUAAAAGCAAACCUCGUGACGGCCAGGACUCCGAGCCCCUCAGAUGUCCUAUUCCUGGCUGUGACGGAUCUGGCCACGCCACCGGCAAGUUCCUCUCACAUCGCAGCGCGUCGGGCUGCCCCAUAGCAAAUCGGAACAAAAUGAGGGUCCUCGAGUCAGGCGGCACAGUCGAGCAGCACAAGGCCGUUGUUGCUGCGGCUACCGCCAUGAAGUUCGAAGGCGUGAACUGUCCGACCCCGGGAUGCGAUGGCAUCGGCCACAUAAAUGGAUCCUUCUCAACCCACAGGUCGUUGUCGGGCUGUCCGAUCGCGGGUCACGCCGUUAAGAAGCCCAAGUUCGAGGACAUGUCCACAAUGUACAGCAAAGGUAUAACAGGCGGUGGCUGCCCACCGGGAGUUCCAUCGGCCGGCGCCGGCCCCGUGAUUGGGCCUAUGGCCCAGGUGCUCGGCGUUCCCGUGAUGAACGGAGCCGGCGGGAACGGCGGCCAGGGCGAGGACCUCUACACACUGGAGGCCGAGAUAACGGAGCUUCAGCGCGAGAAUGCCCGCGUCGAGUCGCAGGUGAUGCGUCUGCGCUCCGACAUCACCGCCAUGGAGAAUCAACUGAAACACGGGGAGAAGGACAAUUCAUCGUUAUCGCAGCGUAAUAAUAAUCUAAACGAGUACUACCAGUCAUUGAGGGAUAACAUGAUAACCCUCUUGGAGCACGUCCGGAUACCGAACUCCUCGGGCCCCGGAGCCGUCAUUGCUCCCGAGAAAAUGGGCCACGAGAACUUCGACAGCUACUUGACAAAACUGCAGACUCUCUGCACCACCGACGGUUACUGUGCCGAAGACGGUCAGCGUCCGAUCUACGAAACUGUAAAGACCGCUUUGCAGGACUUCACGGUACUGCCGACGCCCAUCUGAGAUCAUGCUCAACAGAGUCUGUACAGGAGGAACGAUUACAUCUAAUUUGUCAAGGUCGACGCCAAACGCCACCUCUCACUACGAUUCAUGUCCUCGAACUUCCCGUCUUCACGGCUUUCGAUAUUCACUUGACCCUCUUAGGAUAUUUGAUAAAUCGGAAAUGCAUUGUGCUUUUUGGCGUCGAUGUUUUUGUUUAGGGGUUAUCGCGUGAGUGUUCUCUACAGACCAACACUCGCUGUGCAAAAUAAGUAACGUGAAACGGUGAUUUGAAUAGUAUUUAUAUUCGUUAUUUAAUUAACGUGUAUUAAAAUAUAUAAUGAUUACUUACGUUUGCAAACAAUUUUAUAAUAUUUAUACAAUAGUGACAUUUUAUUUAACUACCGUUACUCAAUUGCCGACUGAGAAUGCUUGAUUAAUGUAAUUAAUUUAACAACCACUUCACUGAAGAAGCUAAGCUUACUUGACACGUUAU